AUUUUGCAAACACUACUGACCAUCCUGCAUGAACUGCUGACCAUCCUGCAUGUACUGCUGACCAUCCUGCAUGUACUGCUGACCAUCCUGCAUGUACUGCUGACCAUCCUGCAUGUACUGCUGACCAUCCUGCAUGUACUGCUGACCAUCCUGCAUGUACUGCUGACCAUCCUGCAUGUACUGCUGACCAUCCUGCAAACUACUGAGGGCCCUGUAAACUACCAAGAGUCCUGUAAACUACCAAGAGUCCUGUGAACUACAAAGAGUCCUGAAAACUACCAAGAGUCCUGUAAACUACCAAGAGUCCUGUAAACUACCGGGGGUCUUGUUAACUACUGAGGAUCCUGUGAAUUGCCUAAGGUCCUAUAAACUACCGAAGCUCCUGUAAACUACCGAAGGUAUUGUAAACUACCGAGUGUCGAGUAAGCUACCGAGGGUCCUAUAAAUUACCUAGGGUCCUGUAAACUGCCAAAGGCUAAGUAAACUGCCGAAGGUCCUGUAAACUACCGAGGGUCCUGUGAAUUACCGAAGGUCCUAUAAACUACCGAAGGUCCCGUUAACUACCGAAGAUCCUUCGAACUACCGACGGCCCUCUAAAUUACCGACAGUCUGCAAAGUAAUGAGGGGGGGGUCCUGCAAACUACAGACUUUAAACUACCGACAGCCUUCAAACUACAGAGGAUCCAACAUAUUUAAGCAACGGUUUUGGAACACUGUAAAAGAUGAAGUAUAUUUCAUCAAAAGCAGUAUACUUGCUGGCUAGCAUAUUAAGUAUCUCAUUUUUGCUAUCUUUUGUACUGAAUUCGAUUUCCGGGAGCAGAUGGAAAAGCAGAGAGUUCUUCCACUCAGAUAGUCCCGAAUUUGAGGACGAGUACUUCCUACCACUGAUGGCUGCCUUCCGCUCUGCUGUCAACUUGUCUUCCCCACCCACACCUAGGUUAAGUUUCAGGUCUGGCAAAGUUCCCAGGUUCUUGGUGUGGGGAGAGCCAUUUAUGAAUGCAUUCUGGUCUGCCCAGGUCGGCCACGUUGCUGAUGGCGUUUGUCCUCUUCCUUGUACCUUCACCUUCAAUGUUUCCGAGAUGAGCAGUGUUGAUGCUGUGGUUGUGCAUAUGCGUGGGAUCCCCAGCAGGGAACUCCUCUUGAAGAAAUUGUCACCCCGUGACCCCACCCAGCCAUGGAUCCUCAGCACCUUUGAAGCUCCACCCAGAGCCAACAGCAUCCAUCACACCGACUACAGAACCCUCGAUGGCAUCUUCAACCGCACAAUGCUUUACCGCAGAGAUGCGGAUGUUGUGGUCCCUCACGGGUUCAUCGUCCGUCGAGAUGAAGCCAAGCUUCUGCCUAAAUCCUGGCGUGUACCCCCAUUGCAACACCCAGGCAAUUUUCACGCACGUGACAUGGUUGUGGCCUUUAUCUCCAACUGCAAUGCACAGAGUGGACGUUUGGAAUAUAUAAGAGAAUUACAAAAACACAUACCAAUAGAUAUAUACGGCGCUUGCGGUGAAUGGAAGUGUGGCCACUCCAUGUAUGUCGAACAUAGGUAUGAUCCGACCAAAGAAUCCUGUUUUAUAAAUGCUGGUGAGAGAUAUCUCUUCUACUUGGCCUUUGAGAACUCCCUCUGCACCGACUACGUUACAGAAAAGCUGUACAACCUCAUGUAUUACCCGAUGGUGCCUGUUGUGCUCGGGGCAGCUAACUACUCAGCCGCCAUGCCUCCCAACUCUUAUAUUGAUGCUCGGCAGUACACACCCAGAGAACUGGCAACCAAACUAAAGGUUCUUGCGAAAAACCGACAGGAGUACCAGAGGUACCUAGCAUGGAGACAGUACUACCAGCCCUCUACAAUAGGUGGACAACCCUCCCUCUGUCACCUCUGUGUUCGACUUCACGACCCAGAGUUUUACAAACAUAAAGUAAUCGAAGACUUCUAUGAAUGGUUUGUUGUGAAAUCUGAACCUGCAGAUGGACGGGGACUAUGUAUAUAAAAUCGGAUUUAUAAAUUCCUAGCUUGGUUACAUGUUCUUGGCAUAUACACAGACAAUGGUGAAAUUAAGUGAAAAGCAUGUGGUAAACCCUAUAGUCACUUGAAUACUACGUAAAUUAUUGUCCACUUAUUGAGGCCUAUAGAGAAAGGCAGUACAAUAAUCUAUGUGAUAAGUCAAAGUAUCUAAUUAGUGAAAAUAUUAGAACAAAGAUUUUGAGGAGGUAUCCUAAACUUGCUUGUAACAUAGCUAUAAAUAUGUAAAUAUAUUCAGAUUUACUCCAGUUAACUAACCCUUUCAGGGACUAGUUCAUAGGACUUUGUGUAUCCACAUUUUCUUACGCUACUGUACACAGGAUGGUUAUAAGGUGCACAAUAAACUAGCCGCUUCCCUCCAUAGGUCGGCUACGGAUACAUAAUAAACCAUACCAUGGGUGGGGUUAGAACCCGCGAUCAGGGAGUCUCAAAACUCCAGACCCCGCCCGUGGUAUGGUUUGUUUGCAAUCGUGUCAUUACGAUUUCGUGAGUCAUACACAAUAAACUUAAUAACUUAUGUGGAGAAAACUUAAGAAUAUAAUGUUGUAUGAUGUAUUUAGCUCUUUCGUGUCGAGGAUUUAGUCAUAAAUAUCAACAUUUUUGUUCGAUAAACCAGACAUCUUAAGAUCAUAAUUAUGGAAUAUUAUUAUGUUCAUGUGGGUAGCGCUAAACCCGUUGGGAUUAAUACUGUUACUAUGGAAUGAGAGGUAAUCAGUACAUACGUACAUAUAACAUCGCGAAGUUUUGCCUUACUACACACUUUGUAUAAAUAAUAUUCUAAAGGGUGUGAAACACCUGAUGUACAUGUACUUGAUGUACAUGUACUUGAUGUACAUGUACUUGAUGUACAUGUAUACUUGAAAGAGUAUGUAUCCCACCUAGAGUAUUCUUAAAUCCCUAUAUUACGGAUUAAAAUAUACCUGUACCACCUUGUGUGCUGGUGAACAGGGUACAUGACCUCCUCGUGUAACUGAACACAUUUAAUUAAGCUAAAUUAGGUAACCUUUGACUUAUUAUCUACUGUCACAGUGGCAACACCUACUAACCAAAAUGUUGAAUUAUUAUUAUUAUUAUAAUCAAGGGGAAGCGCUAAACCCGGAAGAUUAUACAGCGCCUGGGGGGGGGGAUGUUGGAGGCAUUCAGGCUUAAUUCGAGGAACUGGAGCACAGAUCCAAUUUCCUAAAUCAAGAGCCCCUCACCAACAUCAAGUAACCUUCCUUGAGGGGCCAAAAUGUUGAAGCGGAACUGGCGAUGACCUUGCUAGCUAAACUAAAUCUAACCUGAAAAAAGAAUAUAGAAAAAAUUACCUUCAAUAUAACGUAAAAUAAGUCAGCGGUUAGGUUUUGAUGUUAUAAGUACGAAUGUUACAUCUGAUAACAAAAAAAUGUUUUGAUUUAUCAUAUGUCAGUAUAUAUUGAAAAUAUUUAUGCCAAAAAAUGUCAAGAUAUUAAUGAAUAUAAGCAGAGGCUGCUUCAGCACAUAUAAACAUGUAAAUUGUUCAUUAUCUCUGUAACUUGUUCAGCUAUCAGAAUGUUGAGGUCCGGUCCCUGGAGCCAUUAUGUACCUCUGUAAUGUUGAGGUCCGGUCCCUGGAGCCAUUAUGUACCUCUGUAAUGUUGAGGUACAGUCCCUGGAGCCAUUAUGUACCUCUGUAAUGUUGAGGUACAGUCCCUGGAGCCAUUAUGUACCUCUGUAAUGUUGAGGUACAGUCCCUGGAGCCAUUAUGUACCUCUGUAAUGUUGAGGUACAGUCCCUG